AGGAGAGAUUGAGAUGCCGAUACGGCGGAAGAAGCAAAAUAAUUCUAGGGUUCCGAUAAUGACGGAGACGGAAACAAUCGCCGCCGCGAUUGACCAGUUUGACGAGAAGAAGAAGAAGCUCAAAAACGCCUUCGAUGACCUUCAAGCUCACCGAUCACUCCUCUCACCAUCGUUCGACCUUUCCUGGUCUGAGAUUGACUCGCACUUUUCCUCCCUCCAGUCUUCACUGUUAAACCGCUUCCGCCGCCUCCAGUCAGCCGCGACUUGUCCCGAAUCCGAGAGAAUCAAAGCCUCCGCGGCGGAUACGACGGAGGCACCGCUCCUUUGGCCGGAAUUGAGAACGUAUUGUGAGAAGAUGGACGGAAAAGGUUUGGGUAAGUACAUGAUUGAUAAUUCGAAGAAACGCUUGUCGAUCAAUCAGGAGCUUCCUGAAGCGAUUCGAUGCUCAGCGAAUCCAGCAGCUUUGGUUAUGGACGCGAUCGAAGGUUCUUACCACUGUUCUCCAUCCUCGUCGUCGUCUUCCUCGGCCAGAACGUUCGAUGGAACAAGGAUUUUCGUUUUGUUACUUGAAGCUUUGAUUGAGAUCAACGCGAAUCUCACAAAUGAUCUAAGAGAAAGAGCUAGGACGCUUGCUUUUGAUUGGAAAUCGAAGAUAGGUAACAAACCAUCAGAAGCGUUAGGGUUUCUCCACUUGGUUGCAGUCUUUGAAUUGGGAUCUGUGUUCAAAAUCGAGGAGCUUGUUGAUUACAUUUUCUUGAUCUCUAAGCACAAACAAGCAACAACGAUCUGUAAGAAACUUGGUUUGGAUAAAACCCGAAUCGCUUCUCUGAUUCAAAAGUUCUUGCAUACUGGGAGAUUACUCGUUGCGAUUAGGUUUAUCAAUGAGUUUGAGAUGACUGAUAGAUUCAAACCAGUGUCUAUUUUGAAAACUAGUUUGAAGAACUCUAGAGAAGCUGCGAAGAGAGUUUGCGCAGAAGGGAAUUACUCAGUUAAGGCACAGAACGAAGCCAUUGAUAAAGAGCUUAGUGCCUUGAGAGCAGUGAUCAAAGUCGUCAAAGAGAAAAGCCUCGAAUCCGAUUUUAUACAAGAGAGACUCGAAGAAUGCGUUCAAGAGUUGGAGAAGCAGAAAGCACAGAGGAGGCGUGACACGAAGCUAGCCUCCUCAGCUAAUCCCCAGCAACCACAACAAAAGCUCGAUAAGAAGCGUCCUCGAGUAGCUAAUGGUGUAACUACGGAUUACAAUUUGACUGUCCAACCUCUGAGUCAGCUACAGCCACUUUUGCCUAAUCCUAGCCACGGUUUACAAGUGAACCCAUAUGGUCUUGUGAACUCAAUACGACCUGGUGUUACUGUCCCAUAUGGAAACUCAUUGUCUCUAUAUGGCUCGGUCCCAGCUCCAGCUCUAGCUUCUCAACCUGUCUACUAUGAGCAGCAGCAAGCUGCUAAUGGUGGAUAUGGGUUGCCACCUCAAUACAACCCACCUUACUAUCCUCACUAGCAUCCUCGUUGGUAAGCUUUAGUAUUCUGUUUUCUAGGGAUUGCAGGCGAUAUUGAAUCGCUCGAUGAUAAGGAGGAUAUUUGGUCUAAUGAGGUCUAGACUUAUGUGUUUUGAUGUUCUGUACAUAUAUACUUUUCUGAUGGUAUAAAAGAAAAUUGAUCUUCUUAUGUUUUUCUUUUCUGGUGAAGGGAUUUUAGAGUUUUUUUUUUAUUUGGCUUGGAUUUCUUACAUCUUUGUAGUCUACAAAUCUCUUUUUUAUCAGUUUACUUUUGAAGAGAAUGUCUUCAUGGAUUAAUCUACAUAUCUAUCCCUUGAUUUGGUAGAUAACCUGCCAAGAUUUCCUCCUUUUUUUCUUUCUUAUAAUUACCUAGAUUUUCGAUUUUCUUUCUAAAUGUGUCUUGAUUUAGGAGAAUAGAAUUUAUCUAGUACAGUAGGUGUUUUGACUUUGAUUUGUUGUUGUGAAAAAAACUCGAUUAAUUAGAAAAACUGAGUAAACAAAAAUUGCCCCAAAGACUGAAUUUACAAACACAGAAUCAUAAAUAGUUCUUCUCAAAGACUUGGGAUUUUUAAAAAUAUGCCUCGGUAUCUUUUCUAGUGAAUUUCGUUUGAGUGGAGAAGGAACAUGUUCGUUGAGAAAAAACUGACACAGAACAUGUUCUUUGUUGUACCCACAUUGAUUGGGAUAAGCCAAUCAGCGAGGUAUCUGGGUCCACGUAUACAGUAGAUAAUCUUUUUUAUUUAUUUUUGACUGUAAAUAUCUUUUUUUUUUUAUGUAUUUUCUCAAAUUUAACUGUUAUUUUAGAAAAUUAAGAAAAAAAUCUUCGGGCUUGAGGGUCUGGCCAAUAUAUAUUCCCACGCGUUCGUCCUCGUCUUCUCCGUCUUAUACUGAUUUAUCUCUAACUUCCCCUAUCUCAUCUUUAGACGUUUAUACAUCAUGGGAUUGAAGGAGGAUUUCGAAGAGCACGCUGAGAAAGUCAAGAAGCUCACCGCGAGCCCGUCUAACGAGGACUUGCUCAUCCUCUAUGGACUCUACAAGCAAGCCACGGUCGGGCCAGUGACCACCAGUUAAUAUUACUCUUUCUUUGUCUCUCUGCAUAUCUUAAGAACAUUGAGAAGAUCCCACGUUUUUUGCUUCAUGGUUCAUCUUUUCCUAAGUUAGUAACGUUUUUUUCUUACGAUUAAUGAUUCAAAGGUCGUCCUGGAAUGCUAUACAUGAAGGACAGAGCCAAGUGGGAUGCAUGGAAGGCCGUUGAAGCGAAAACGACGGAUGAAGCCAUGAGUGACUACAUCACUAAGGUGAAGCAACUCCUGGAAGCAGAAGCUGCGGCUUCGACUUGAUGAAUAUUAUGAUUGAUUCAUCAAAUCCUCCCUCUGCAGUUAAAUUUAUCUUAAAGCUUCAAAUAACAUAGCAUAAGACUUGUUCUUGCUUCUCGUGUUUCUAUCAUUAUGAAUCUCUCUCUACUUUGUGACCUUCGUCUUUAUUUAAAAUCAUCUGGUUUGGGCUAUUAUCUCUUGAAGAUGCUUGUUAUUGGUCUAAACGAAGAAUCUUGAUGCAAAAUUAAAACCUUAGGUCAUCUGUUGGCCGUUUGUGA